UUUCCGAAUAUCUGACAUCUGCAGGCAAAGUUCAGCAUCAGCUAUCCAUGUCAUUUGCUCGCUGUGAGGCAGAAAUCUUGUUCACAGAUGCACCCACAGCCCGAGAUGCAGCACGACAUCGAUCUACAAAAGGAAAAGGAGCUGGUGCAUGGCUGAACGCAAUCCCGACUUCAGAAGUGCUCGCACUAAAUUCUUACGAGUAUCGUUUAGCGUCCUUGCUGAGGUUGGGCUUGCCCAUUCCACUUUCUGACUGGAUGACAACAUGCAACUGUGGUGCCUCCCUGGACAGCAGUGGGUACCAUCUGCUAACAUGCAAAACCGGUGGAGGGCCAGUUUGGUCGCACGAAUCGCUUGCAUCAGUCUGGUCUGAUUGCCUGCGGGAGCUGCACAUCCAUCAUCGAAGGGAACCGAGGCAUCGGUAUGCCAAUUCCAAUGACCGGCCAGACAUUGUAGCCUUCGACUCAGACUCUGGGUGCAAUGUGGAUCUGGACAUAGCUCUAGCACACCCAUGGAGCUCUGACAUCUUCCCUAGAUCUUCGGAAACAGAUGGCGCCGCUGCUGAGAGAAGAGAGGAGAGAAAAAAGUCAAAAUACGAGAAGGAAUGUCUACCAGGUGGAACUGCUGUCAGUCUCAUUCCUCUGGUUAUGGAGCAUUUUGGACGCUGGGGUGUCAUGGGAAGAAACUUCCUGCAGAAACUAGCAAAGAAAUCAUGUGACGAAAUUGGUAGACCAAACGCUGCAGAGUUCCUUGACUUUUGGCGAAAAAGAUUCUCCCUUCAGCUGCAAAAAUGCAAUGCCAAAGUCAUACUGAGGAAGAUGGCAAGCUUGUCAAGUGACACAAGUAGCGCUAAGUACUCAACCCAGUUCUUUAGCCACUAGGCUGACCUGGGUUAUCUUUUAAGUUAAGUUGUUACUGUUUUUAGUGCUUUUUCCUGUGUACUGUAGCACCUAAAACAUUAUGUCAUUGCCUAGCACUCUUUGUAUGAUAGAUGAAUGUUUGAAAAUAUAUGUGAUUAACAGACAG